AUGGCAGCAAAAGAAUGUGGCGAAGUUUUCAUUUCCUAUAGCAGCGUUGAUAUCACCCUGGUAAAGAACAUACAAGACUGCUUAAAGAAAAAUGAAAUCGAUUGCGUUGUUGCCGAUGAUGUGAAAGCAGGAACUCACACACUAGAUGUAAUUGUACACUCCCUUUCAAGGAGUAAGGCAUGUGUGUUUCUAGUGACCCCGGCUGCUUUGGAAAGUUCCUGGUUUGCUUUUGAAACUAUCCUUACCUUAGAGAGAUCGCACCAACGCGGUCAGCUGAAUAGUGUGAUCCUACUGCAUAACGUAACUGAAGAUGAGCUUCCAAAGUUUGCCCUGUUUGACAUGAUUGAUAAAUAUGAACUGGACCUGGACGAGUUUGGACACUGGAAUAAUCAACAGAUUAAACAGGUCAUAAAGACAAUCCAAGAUCUUGCAGAGAAGAUAAGAAGCUGUCCUUGGUAUAGUAAAAACAUGCCGAUCGCAGUGUACGAACUGGUUCCCAAAGAUUCCAAUAUACCGACAUUCAUAGAAGGACCGAACAUAAAAAAUAUGGGAUCACUUGGCGAAAUCAAAGCGGAAGUAGCUGGCAACAAAAGAAUAUUCAGACUGAAUGUGUACUGUAUUGAAGAUGGAGAAGAGAAAUACUACUGCGUUGCACAGUAUCCUAGUGUACUGGGUGCAAUUUACAAGAUGACCAAGUCUCCCAUGAUCGACCUGGACGAGCCGCACACAAUUCUGCAGGUUGCUCGAUUUUACUAUACUCUACAGUCCAUACUCCAACACUCAAACGUUGAGGGAUGCCGAAACCAGGCUAAACUCCUGUGGCUUGACGGCUCUGAAGCAGCAACGAGUGUACUGUUAAAGGCAGUUAAGAGAGAUGUUAAGAGAACAGGGUUUCAAACUUUGGUUACGGAUCUGCAAAAAGUCCUUCACACAUUAGAAGAUGGCCUACCAAAUAAGGAAUACGAAGCGACUAUCCUAUACAACAGUGAUGAUGCAAAGUCCAAUGAAAUAUGUGACCAAAUUGAGAAACAUCUUCUGAAGAAAAAUGUACGCCUUUUCCCGUCUCCGAAUAAGCCAGGGACGAGACCAUUUACAGCGAUGGAAGAGGCGGCAGAAAAAGCACGAUGGCUAAUUCUGAUCGUUACUCAAGACAGCCUCAUCGACAACGAUGUGUUUAAAAUGCAGACGAUGGCUUUGAUAGCGAACAGCGUACACAGUAAGAAAGUGCGCGUCAUUCCAGUAACAGACAAGAUAUCUGCAGAUGAUAUUUUACCAGACUUUUUGAAGUGGGUAACUUACAUCGACAUACAGACAACAGGAUUUGAAAAUCGUGUUUUAAAAGCACUGAGAGGUGAAGACAUCGAGCUGGCAUUAGACGGGGGUCUCAUCCCUGCUGGAAAUGUUGGCUAUGGCUUGGCCUGGGGUUAUGUCACCAAUUAUCUGAAGGUUGUUCUUCCAAAAUUAGAACAUUUACGGAAUUUGUUAAAACAAAAAGCAGGCAACAUGUGUAUGUGCCCGAGCAAGCUAUUUUUGUUGGUACCGAAAACAUGUUACUGUCCAGGAAGGAUCAAGAAUGAGCAUGUAACGCACGUGUAUUCGAGUGAAGAGAUAAGCGACUGUCAAGGUGGGGCAGACAUCAUAAAAGGUCUGGAUAUGUAUAGCAUUUCAAAGGAAGGAAACUUCUUUGGACAAUAUCCUGCACCGUUACGCUGUCUUCAUGCGAUGAACGAUUGCAUGAUAGCUGGGAUCAAUCCAGAAUCUAUGGCAAGGGAAUGUGAACGAUUCUGUGAUACCCUUCUAGAUCUCCUGCAUGGCCCAAUAGGUGGUGGUCUUCAAAGCAAAUGCGAACUUGUCUUCUUUGAUGACGAAGUCUCCAACGACCUGCAAAUGCAGUUGCUGCCAAGGUUGUCUAAUCAGGUCGAUCCCAAAGAGACAAAGCUGAAACGGAAAUCUGGACAUGACGAUAGGAAAGAUGAACUGAAGCAAGCUAAGAUGAUGAACUGA